AUGGCAUUGAAACUCAGAGCAUUUCCUCACGGUCACUCAGCUGAACUUACAUCUCCUGCCAACAUGUCCUACAGCUGCUGCUCUGGAAACGUCUCCUCCAGCUCCUUUGGGGGGUACAUGCGCUAUGUAAACUCCUCCUGUGGCUCGUCCUGCCCCAGCAACCUGGUCUACCGCACUGACUCCUGCUCUCCCAGCACCUGUCAGCUGAGCUCCUCCCCUGCUAGUGCCUGUCAGGAGAACUGCUGUGAGCCCACCAGCUGCCAGACAUCCUGCGUGGUGUCCAGACCUUGCCAGACAUCCUGCAACAGUCCGAGGACCUCCACACUCUGCAAUCCCUGCCAGACAACUUGCUCUGGGUCUGUGGGCAUUGGGUCCAGCAGCUGCCAUUCCCUGAGCUAUGGAUCCAGAAGCUGCUACUCACUGGGUUGUGGAUCCCAGGGCUCCAGAUCCAUGAGUUAUGGAGUCUGUGGCUUCCCUUCACUGGGCUACGGAUCCAGAUUCUGGGAUCCAACCAACUUGGCUUCUAGGAGCUGCCAGUCUUCUUGUUACAGACCAACCUAUAGAUCAGCCUUCUGUAAACCAACUUGUUGA